UCUCCUCGUUCCAUCUUGCGAAUGGGACAAUAGUGGCUCAACGAGUCUGGAGUGGAACACAUGUGAGAGGUGGACAACGUUUUCUUGGUUUGUGAGGGCGAAAAAAAGGCAUUUGAUAACAUCUUGAUACAUGACACGGAGCUUCUUAGAAGUGUCUUAAUUCCUUCGCAUGACAUCGUAAUACCCCAGAAGAGGGAACUUCUCUGUAGAGGAGUCUCAAUGAAGAAACGAGGACCUCAACCCAAAUCGGAAAUCCACAUAGAGUCCUUUGCAUUCUUCUCUGGCCGCGUUCGCGAGGAAAAUAAUGGCUGUCAAAUGGGCUCUUUUCGUCAUAGGCCUUCAGAGUUGGGUUACCCGGCAGUUAGGAUGCAGUUCAUUAUCGUUUCCAAUACGAGAGCCUUAUCGUACGCACAUCACUUGGGAUCCGAAUGCUGGAUUUUCGGAAUCCCUUCAAACCAGCCCAUCGAAUGGACCCGAAGCCACAUUUACCUCUGCUGCUUUUAACCUGACGGUCGAAAGGGAAUCCGAAACCACAAUCCGCCUGAGUUGGAGUCAUCAGGCCAAUCUGAGGCAUUUGAGACACAAAAAGAACUGGCCUUACAACGUUCGAAUCGUUCCCAUUGAAGGAGGGCAACACAUGGAGGCCAGGGUGUCUACAAACGGAAAACAACACAUACUUUUACACGAAUUGGAUCCAGAGGGGAGCUACCAAUUGAUCGUGUCCAAAAAUAAUCGGAUCCUUCUGAAUAAACUCAUGAGAUUAGGUUCGCCGAAUCGCCAAAAACUGCAGUUUUCCACCCAAGAGACGGCUGAGGCGACCACUUCGAAACCAAUCGUUGACGAGGAUUCGAAUUCCACCAUGACCAAUUUGUCCUCUAAGGUGAUCCAAGUCUCGUCUUUAUUCAGCGAAGACGAUGAGGGCGACGAUGAGGACGUCGACGAGGACGACGACGACAUUGUUAAGCUUCCUCAUGAGAGUGAGGAGGCCCUUAAUGAGCUUGAGUUGGCCACUGCCACUUACGAGGACCGUUUUCGGAUCGAGGAACUAGGCAUCGUCACUUUCGUAUUGGUCCUUUGGAUGGGAGCUAUCGUGCUCUUCGUGCACAGAUGGGGCAAAAUUAGAAUGCUCAUCCCACAUCAACCACAAUACGUCUUGGAGAAAGAGGACCCUCCUGUGAAACAUGUGGAGGUCGCCGAUUCUGGAACUCAAACUAGCUUUGGCCCACCCACCCAUUCGAUGAUGCUAUUAUCGUCCCCGUUGGAUCAGUUCCAACCAAACUUGGCUGUAAAUCACCAUCUUCAUGUGAUGCCUGGUUCCCAAGCAAGCCCCUCAUACAUGGUGACAUCCAACUCGUUUCUAUGCGCCUCGGGCAUUGGUGUUCCCAUUGUUUCAUCCGCUUUGGUCAACCGGCGCCAAUCCCUCCAUUCUCAGGGUGACCGUCGAGUGUCGGGAAUCACCGAUGUCGGUGGCAAUGGCUCUCUAGAUGAUGUUAAUACAGUGACGAACAAUUCUGAUUCGGGAUCUCCCGGCAAGGUGGUCCUUCCUAUAAUGAAAGACGGAACAAUGCAGACCAAGGAGAGCCAUCUGUACCAAUCUCAUUGCUUAGCCAGUUCUGUUCGGCAGCAAUCUGAAAAUCUGGAGUUGCAGUCCAAAGAAAACUCGUUGACGGAGGUCAGCAACGGUGAUAGUGAGGAUGAAUCACGGCGGUCCAAAAGUGCCCAGGAUAACAGCUUGUCAUACCCUAGCGUCCCAAUGCCAGUAUGUCGCACCUACUAUGGUGUACCAAGAUCAAGAUUACAUUCGAGAAGCCCAUCUCAGAGGGCGACAUCUCCUUUUCAAAUUUCCCCUCCACAGGACCCGGGUGAGGUUGUCCUGCCCCCCUCCGAGGAGGCGGCUUCCUCUGAUAUGGCAGAAAAUGAGAAUUUAUUGCCAAUGCCCUUACCAACUCCCAGUGGCAGCACCGCGGUUUACUUAACUUCCGGACAUGUUACGACGUCGUCUAUGUAUCAAGAUCAGUUCCACACGAACGUUACUCCAAGCGGAUGCCAUUUUCCCCACCAAGCGAUGAUACCAGAUACCAUGACAAUUGAUAUUCCUUCUAACCUUCCUCUUUCGGGCCACACGUUGCCUAUUUCUCACCAGCGGGCCCACAGCAGGCCGUCCCAUGUUUUGCACCACAAGCGUGAAGAUGAAUGCCAGAACGCCUUAUCUCGAAGGAGAAGGCCAUCAUCCUGGACACAACCUCGCCCAAGUGCUGUGGAGACUUCCAGUCCCUAUGGAAAUGUCUACCAAUAUUGUCAAGAUGGCUCUAGCAUUGAAAGAGACCGAGGUACGGCGCUAACACCAGGAAGUGUCGGAAAUGGGGAGAACGUUUACGGAAUUGAGGCGCCCUCCCAAGGGUCUCCUGACGCCAGAAAAGAAUCGCCAUUGACACCAUUAUCGAACGACCAUUGUGCUCGUUACGCCCGAACCACUCCAGUGUGAAAGGCGUGCAUGCUGCCAUUGAUUUAGAUUUAUGGGCACCCUGACGCUUACACAUUCCUUCACAACCCAUGCUCCAUUUGCAAAUCCAUUUCUACGACAGAGUAUGACUUGGCUCCAGCUGCCUACAUUAAAUAUGAAUCGGGAUAAUGUCCUUCUUAUGCGUUUAUCAUCUGAGUGGAAAGAUGCGCAGUCUUUAGGAUUUUUUUCUGGUGUACAAACUACAUAGGAUAAACU